AUGAUCAUCGAGGAGCUGCCGAGUGGACCGCAAGCGGCGGCGGAGCUUGCGGCGAAAGGCGACGCGCAGUUUGUUGACGAGGACUACGACGCGGCCGUGGAUCUCUACACGCAGGCGAUCAACGCGAAUGGCGCGACGGAGAAUCUUCUGUGCAAACGCGCAGCCGCGCACAUUAAGCUCGAGAAUUUCACAGAUGCGGUGGCAGAUGCAAAUGCGGCGAUCAAGCUCAACCCGUCUCACGCGCUGGCGUACCUGCGGAAAGGCGUCGCCUGUCACCACUUAGAGGAGUAUGAAACAGCACUGGCAGCGUUCAAGGCGGGAGCCAAGCUGGAGCCUAAUAACGCCAAGUUCAAAAACGGCAUUCGCAAGGCAGAGGCGGAGCUGCAGAGCCAAGACGAAGAUAUGGCAGUUGAUGCUCCUGCCCCCUCUGCUGCCGCAUCCGCGUCUGAAGCUCCUGCCCGCGUCCCCACUGCCUCUGCUGCGCCUGGCCCCUCUGCUCCUGUCCCUUCUCCAGCACCAGCAGCAGCACCGGCACCAGCACCUCCGAAAUACAGGCACGAGUUUUAUCAGUCGGCGACAACAGUGGUGGUGACUGUGUUUGCCAAGGGAAUCUCAUCGGAACAACUGAAAGUGCAGAUCGGAGAGCAAGUGCUUAGUGUGGUGAUCGAAUCGACCAAUGACGAGCCGCCAUAUGUCCUGCAGCUGCGGCUGUUCGGAAAGGUGGACCCGGCAAAGAGCAAGCACGUGCUGAUGAGCACCAAGAUCGAGGUGCGACUGGCCAAGGCGGAGGCCAUUCACUGGACGGCUCUGGAGGCGACUAGAAGGCCAGCUGUGGUGCAGCCUGUGAACGUGUCCGAUGAAACCGCGGAGAAGCUGAAGCACAUGUAUCCUUCGUCGCGCAAGCAGCAUGUGAACUGGGACCAGCUGGAGGCGGAGGUGAAGGCAGAGGAGAAGGAUGAGAAGCUGGAGGGAGACGCUGCACUGAACAAGCUGUUUCAAGACAUCUACGCAGGGGCGGACGAGGAGACCCGUCGCGCCAUGAACAAGUCCUUCGUGGAAUCAAAAGGCACGGUGCUGUCAACAAACUGGAAGGAGGUUGGUGCUGGGAAGGUUGAGGCCAAGGACUGA